GCUAGGCUUCGACAGUAGGCUACAACUACAGCUAAAAAAUUGUCGUUGGGUCUUCAAGCGCUGUAUUUAGGCAGGGAAUACUUAUAAAGUCAGCGUAGUCUACGUAACCUACGCACCUGUUACAAAACGUAUUUGGUCUCAAAAUGGCCUACAAAGGCAGAGAAGUGUAUACAUAUGUGUGCCCAUUUACCUAGUUAACAAUGUUCAACGCCGUCAGUAACUCUAUACCCUCAUUAUUGUGGUCACAAGUGAUGCUGUCUCUACUGGGGGCAUGAGUGUUGAGUGCAUUUGCGCAAACCCUCUCCCCCCUCCACUUCUGAAAUAUAAACGGAUCACCAACGCAGCUCAACCUCUUCUGCGGCGCCCGGGUAUCAACAAGCGAAGCGCAGGCUUUCUGCUUUGUCUGUGUGACAUUUGACCUAUUGCGUCACCAUGGGAAAGGAGAAGCUCCACAUCAACAUAGUGGUCAUUGGCCACGUCGACUCUGGCAAGUCCACCACCACUGGCCAUCUCAUCUACAAGUGUGGUGGGAUUGACAAAAGGACCAUCGAGAAGUUUGAGAAAGAGGCUGCGGAGAUGGGCAAAGGCUCAUUCAAGUACGCCUGGGUGCUGGACAAACUGAAGGCGGAGAGGGAGCGUGGCAUCACUAUUGACAUCUCACUUUGGAAGUUUGAGACCAGCAAGUACUACGUCACCAUUAUCGAUGCCCCGGGGCACAGGGACUUCAUCAAGAACAUGAUCACUGGCACGUCUCAGGCUGACUGCGCCGUGCUGAUCGUGGCAGCUGGCGUGGGCGAGUUCGAAGCGGGCAUCUCCAAGAACGGGCAGACCCGCGAGCAUGCCCUGCUGGCCUACACGCUGGGCGUCAAGCAGCUGAUCGUGGGCAUCAACAAGAUGGACUCCACCGAGCCCAACUACAGCCAGAAGCGCUACGAGGAGAUCGUCAAAGAGGUCAGCACCUACAUCAAGAAGAUCGGCUACAACCCCGACACAGUGGCGUUUGUGCCCAUCUCCGGCUGGAACGGGGACAACAUGCUGGAGCCCAGCCCUAACAUGACCUGGUUUAAGGGCUGGAAGAUCACCCGUAAAGAUGGCAAUGCCUCUGGGACCACCCUGCUGGAGGCCCUGGACGCCAUCCAGCCCCCUUCCCGGCCCACCGAUAAGCCCCUGCGUCUGCCCCUCCAGGAUGUCUACAAAAUUGGAGGUAUUGGCACUGUGCCUGUGGGCCGUGUGGAGACUGGCGUCCUGAAGCCUGGCAUGGUGGUGACCUUUGCCCCGGUGAACGUAACCACUGAGGUCAAGUCGGUGGAGAUGCACCACGAGGCCCUCACUGAGGCCUUCCCUGGCGACAAUGUGGGCUUCAAUGUCAAGAAUGUGUCCGUCAAGGACAUUCGCCGUGGAAAUGUGGCUGGCGACAGCAAGAACGACCCGCCCCAGGAGGCUGCCAACUUCACCGCUCAGGUGAUCAUACUGAACCACCCCGGCACGAUCAAUGCAGGCUACGCCCCAGUGCUGGACUGCCACACUGCCCACAUCGCCUGCAAGUUUGCCGAGCUCAAGGAGAAGAUCGACCGCCGCUCGGGCAAAAAGCUGGAGGACAACCCCAAGACCCUGAAGUCCGGUGACGCCGCCAUCGUGGACAUGAUCCCUGGGAAGCCCAUGUGUGUGGAGAGCUUCUCCGAGUACCCUCCACUGGGUCGCUUUGCCGUGCGCGACAUGCGUCAGACAGUGGCCGUGGGGGUCAUCAAGGCUGUGGAGAAAAAGGGGCUCGGCGGCGGCAAGGUCACUAAGUCCGCGCAGAAGGCCCAGAAGACCAAAUGAAUGUUGUGCUUAGCUGCCAACUCCAGAGCCACCCAUGGCAGAGCAGAGGUCACCCAACUCCACCCGCCCGUCGGCUGCUUUAACUCCAUCAUCAGAGACUGGUUAAUUGUAACAAUGCAUCGCAAAAGCAUCAGGAGGAAAAAAAAUAAAACAAAAAAAAAGAGUCUGAGCACCGGUAAGGACACCACACGCAAAUCCCUAAGACAGCUCCACCCUCCAAAAUGCUAUGUGCUGACUUUCGAUGAGUCUGACUGAGAUCCCAUGUUCAUUUAUUUGAGUUCUCUUUUAGCUUACCGCUAGGUCUAAAUGUGCACAGUGAAAUGGGAUUAUUGACCUUGAAAAACCAUGUGUGAUUUCUAAAAAAACAAACUGAGAGACGUUCUAAGUAAUCUCGGCGUCUCUCCCGCUCUCUAUCUCUCUGGAGUGCAGUCUAAGUCAAGUUCUCACGUUGUUGUCUCGCUCUUAGUGUUAACUUGCAGUUAUCAGGUGCUCAGUCUCAACUGAUCUCUAUUUUGCAAACAGAAAAAGAACGAUCCAAAACUUUACAUACCAAUAUUCUAACAUGAUAUUAAAGAAAUACUGUGUGACACAUUUAGCUUUAAAAUGUAUACAAAUAAUAAUGUGUGUGCAAUACUCUCCAAAUUUGUCCAAUUGCUGGCAUGUGAAGUUUCCAUGCACCGAGUUGUUCAGAUUUUCUAGCACUUUUGAUUGGCGUUAUGCUGACCCUGCACCAGGCACUUGUUGACUUUAAUUGGCAUUAGCUUUCGCACCUUACUGUUCAUAAUCUUCUAAAGCUUCCAUGUCAUAUUAAAGAUGUUUCAAACCAAA